GGAGGACUUCAAUACCCAGAAGUCAUUGUGGCACACGCCAUUGCGGCACACGCCAUCUUUCCGCGACUCCAGAGUCGCGCUUAUUGGAAGUAGAGUGGUGAGUUCGCUCUUGUGAAAGUGCAGACAGUGGCAAGCGCAGUGUAGUUUUUGAUGUACUCAGCAUUGACAACCCAGGAUUUCCGUUCUCCUGUUGAUCUAGGAACAGGGCUGGAAAUCUUAAAGAAAGGAGACAAGACUGACUCCAGAAGCACAGGUGCUGGAAUAGACAGACUCCAGAGACUCGCAAUCUAAGGCAGAUUGCCCUGUCGUGAAGAAACCCCCUUCGGAAGAGCUGAAGCAACGGUCCUUCUGCAGAGAGCUGAAGAUGGCUCAUGACCAGCCUCUGCUGGUUGUACAGGAGGCCCUGAAGAAGUGCUUCCCUGUGGUGGAGGAACAGCAGGGCCUGUGGCAGAGCACUCUGCAGGACUGCUCGCCCCUCCUGUCCUCUCUCAGUAACCUGGCUGAGCAGCUGCAAGCUGGACAGAGUCUGCGGUUUGAGGAUGUGCCAGCCCUUCGUCCCUUUCCAGACUUACAGGAGCGGUUGAGGCGCAAGCAACUGGAGGCCGGUGACACUGUCCUGGACAAGCUAGCUGAAAGGCUAGCCACUCUCCUCAAGGUUCGUAACACCAUCAGCAACCAUGUGGAGCAGGUGUUUCAGGCCUAUGAGCAGCAUGCGGCUGUGCUUGACAUUGAUACUGUCCUCCGCCCCUCAGUUGUGAGCCCCUCUGUGGCUGACAUGUUGGAGUGGCUGCAAGACAUCGACAGACAUUAUCGAAGCUCGUACCUGAAGAGAAAGUACCUUCUCUCCUCUGUUCACUGGGGAGAUUUGGCCAGCAUCCAAGCACUGCCCAAGGCCUGGGACCAAAUUUCAGAAGAUGAGUGCCAAACCCUUGUGUCAGAUAUCCUGGUGAGCGUCUCCUUCUUUCUGGAGGAGCCAGGAGGCUGUGCAGUGUCUGGAGAUCUGGAGCACCGCAGCUGAGGGCUGCCAUUGCUACCCUAGGCCAUUUCUAAUGAGGGUCAGCAUUGCUACCUGACUCCCUGAAAUACCAGUGCCUACAGUAGAGGCCCCUAGGACUUCUCCAUGCUAGGCCAUGGCCAAGGGUCCAUGGCUGCUGCACCUAUGGCUCUGAGAUGUGGAUCGAGGCGGAGGAGACAGGAAAGGCAGUGCUGAUAAGCAGUGUCCACCAAGGCAGGAAAGCGCAGAAGGCAAAGUUGUGUGGCCACCACUGCCUAUGUCACCUGAACCAUAUUCUCUGGUUGGCUCAGGUCCUGAUUCUGUAUGUCAGUAUCAGAGUCCGUAAUGGUUUAAAGAUGGGAAUGGGUCUGGGAGUCCAGGGCGGAAGCAGUGUGUGUGUGUGUGUGUGUGUGUGUGUGUGUGUGUGUGUGUUAGUGGGGUUGUGGUGGAGAGUCAGUCCCCUACAAAUCUUCAAAAAGGGAGGGACUGAAAGGAAAGGGAACAUUUAAAGUGUUUACCCCUUCACAGAAGCUUAUUAUCAAGCCAAUUUCCAUUUUCAAAGUUAGACACCAGGGGGCGAUGGUGCAGCAUGAGCGGUUCUGAAUGCCUUGUUCAUAAGGGAGGUCCGGUCCCCUGAUGCUGUUAAAGCCACUGAGUUCGAGGUGGGGAGCAGGAUAUCUCACCCAGGACUAGGGAGGCAAAGAAAGACAGGUGGAUCUCUGUGAUUUGAGAUCAGCUUGGUCUCCAUAGCUCCAGGCCAACCAAAGCCACAUACUGAGACUGUCUCAAAAAAGAAGAGAGAAAGAGGUAAUGGAGAAAUAGUGAGGCCCUCCUGUUGGCCACGGUCUGCUGAGUUUGGAGUAACUGGCCAGGGAAGUGAAUGCUGGCUGGAAUGGUUGGUUUUUAUAGUCCACUUGACACAUGCAAAGCCACCUGGGAAGGGAGUCUCUGAGGAAUGUUCUAGAUUUGGUUGGCUAGCAGACACGCUUGCAAGAUUUUCUUAACUGAGGUAAGAAGACCCAUCCUGAAUGUAGGUGGCAACAUUUCAUGGGCUGGAGCCAGGAUCAGAGAAAGAGAGCAGGCUGAGCACUAGCAGGCUUGCACUAACACGUUGCCUUUGAUAGUGAAUGUGCUGUGAGCAGCUGCUUCCAGUUCCUGCCAGUGACUCUCCUGUAGUAAUGGAUUCUAACUUCAAAUUAUGAGCCUAAUAAGCCCCUCCUCCCUUCAGUUGCAUCUUCCAGUAGGUUUUAUCAUGCUUUGGGGUUCUCUAAAGGAACAGGACUAAUGAUAGAACGGACGAAUAGAGAAGUAUUGGGGGGCAGUGAGAGUUAGGGCAGGCAUGCCUAAAACUAAAGCUUUCUUCUUCCUUAUGAUGUUAUGUGGGCUCCCACCACAGAGUGUGGCCCAGAUUUGGGGUGGGUCAUCCUACCCCAAAUGAUCCAAUCAAGAAACUCCCUCACAAGCAUGCCCAGGUGCUUGAGUCUUACUUGAUUCCAGAUCUCAAGUUGACAGCCAAGAUUAGCUGUCACAUGCAGUGCUAAGAAAGAAACUGGGAAGCAGCCUCGAGUUGGUGCCGACUCUUGCCUUCUGUGCCACAGCCACUGCCUGGGGGGUCUCAGCUUCCCAUGUGCAAGUCAAGGCCGCCAUGUACAGGCUUAGUGCAGAGAAUGGAUUUUUAGCUUUUGAUUUUUCAAGACAGGGUUGCUCUGUGUAGCCCUGGCUGUCCUGGAACUCACUCUGUAGACUAGGCUGAUCUCAAAGAUCUGCCUCUGCCUCCUGAG